GAUAUCGAUUUGGCCUGCACUUAGUUACUAACUUACUUCCAGCAUUGGCAAUGUCCUUAUCAACCCAACAAAGUGAAGAAGACGGGCAGCAUGUGCUAUCCUUGAGAGUAGAUAAUGCAAGGAAUGUGGCCAUGGUUCUGAAAGCUAUUCACUUCAAAGAUCGAGAGCUUGCUACAUUUUGUGCCAGUGAGAAUGGGCUUAAAGUGACUGUGGAGGAUGCUAAAUGUGUGCAGGCGAAUGCUUUCAUCCAGUCUAAUAUAUUCCAGGAGUAUUAUAUGCAAGAGGAUACUGCUACUUUCAAAAUCAACCUCUCUGUGUUAUUGGAAUGCCUAACUAUUUUUGGUAGUAACCCAAUGGGAGGUGCCACACCUGCUUUGAAGAUGUCAUAUGGAGGAUAUGGAUCUCCUUUACUGCUCAUGCUUGAAGAAAGUGGUGUUGUGACAGACUGCAGUAUCAAGACAUUAGAACCAGAUGAAAUGCUAGACUUCAACUUCUGCAGUGCAAAUGUUGUCAAUAAAAUCAUCAUGAAGAGUGACUGUCUGAAAGAUGCCUUUCAAGAACUUGACAUGACGAGUGAGGUUAUUGAGAUUCUCUUGUCCCCGGAUAAACCUUUCUUCAGACUCUCCACAUUUGGACAUGCAGGCAGUGCUUAUUCUGAUUUCCCAAAGGACUCUGAUAUGGUGGAGUCAUUUCAAUGCACACAGACUCAGAGCAUUAGAUACAAGCUUUGUUUGUUGAAACCAUCUAUCAAGGCUCUAAUGCAAUCCAGCAAGGUGUCCAUACGAACUGAUAACCGUGGUUUCCUAUCUCUUCAGUACAUGAUCAGAAAUGAGGAUGGACAGAUCUCUUUUGUAGAAUAUUAUUGCGCACCUGACGAAGAAUACGAUGAAGACGGUUGAUGACAAAAGAGAAUGAAACAAACCAUUUUAUUUAUUAUGAGUUGUAUAAUAAGAGGCUUUAUUAUAUUAAUAAGAAUUUGUGCCAUAUGAAUGCCUUUUAAUGUACAGAAUAAAUAUCCAUUUACUUAACAACCUCUCUUUUGUACAAUUUUCACAAGACAACUCCAGUGCCUAGUUUCACAAAACUUGUCGAUAAAAUGUUCAGUCUAUAGAAAAUAAUUGGCAUCAUGCGAUUAAAUUCCAUAGUAUCUGUAGCUGAAAGCUGUAAUGUAACUUUGUUAUUUGAACAAGUUUCACAAAACAAGACCAAUAUAUAUAAUUCAAGCUGUUUAAGCCACCAACAGUACUAUUAUAUAACAUUCAGAAUACUUUCUUACCAAUUAUUAUAAUUAUUUGAUAUGUAUAAGAUUCAUAAUUUCUUGAGUUUCGUAAAGAGAAAGAAACUACUAAUAUCCAAUUUCAAACAAUAAUUUCCAUAAUUGAAAGUAAAGGUUGAACUGAAAUAAACUUUUCUCAACAGCCAGAUUAGACACAACACUUUGAAUGGGCCUACCACUGUGAAUAAUUAAUAUGGCCCAUGAAAAUGCUAUUUGGUCUAUUCACACUCGAUCUGGCAAAAUUUUGCCCAAAUCUUACAGAUUUGGGAAUAUUUCAUGACAAGACAUAAAAUGUGUAGAAAUGAUACAACAUAAGAACAAAGGACUUCAGGUAAACUAUUUCAAACAAUGCUAAACAAUCAACUCAUUGGAAUGUUAAAGGCUUGCUGGGAAAGUUUGAUUUUACUGUAGAUAAAUUUCUGGCAUGCACCCAGUAAAUAAGAUUGCAUAUUCCAGCUGAAAAUAAGUCAGAAAAAAUCUUGGAACCAACAAAAUUCAAACCUUGGCCAUCUAAAUAUUGGCAGUCAACUGAUUGAUUGUGAUUCAGUUCAGAAUUUUUUUUUUUAAUUGUCACACUUUGUAAUGAAUCAUACCAAUGCAAGGAAUGUAUUUAUGAUAUAAUCUGCCAUGGAUGUUGGUAAACAGCUUUUUAUCAAGUGAAUUUAUACUUAAAUGAAACUGUCAAAAACUCUUUUUGGGUGGUUUGAAAAAUUACAAGUUCAUAGCAGGGUUUAUACAUCUAUCCUUAUAGGGAGUUUUGGCACAGCGGUGCAGAAUGAAUCCUACAACACAUCAAAGUCAUUGAAAAUGCAACCCAAAUUACAAUGAAAUCUUUGUUGAAUGUCGGGGAAUUGGAAAAGUUUUGUCUGUUUCAGAGCUGACGAAAAAUUGCAAAGUUGUAAUUUGUCCAGUCAUUGAUGAAACUGCCAUGGUCAAUUCACUAACCCUUGACAAAGAUUUGACUUGCAGUAUCAAUGAACUUACUGCGUUGUAGUAUUCAUUCUGCUCCACUAUGCAAAAACUUGUUUAUGUAAAUAAAUGUACAACACAACCAAAAUCUAUGUAUAUUAAAAAUUUUCUCGCAGAACAUUGAUUUGUUUCAUGUACUUUUCAUAAGUCACUUAAAUAUCAACCAUGAAUUGAAAUGAGAGUUGUCUUUUGCAGAGAUGCCAACCUUCAUCUAAAAAAAGUAUUCUUAGAAGGAAAACACUAUUUUUGAACCCCCCCCCCCCAAAAAAAAAAUUAAAUUCUUGCACCACAACUGUACAGGAUCAAGCACAGAUCAGCCAUGUGGCUCCCUCUAUGGAAAACAGUUUGUGCAUAAUAUAUAAGCAUGGCACAUACUCCAUGACCAGAAAUUCACUAGACAUAAAAAAGUGCCUUGUUCAUAGCAAAAAAGGAGAAAUAUGAAGUGAAAAAAAUAUCGGUUGACAUCUCUGGUUUUGGCAUGUGGGGUAUUGGACAAGAAUGACAUUAAGAGUACAGGAAUUUCAACUGAUUGCUCCUAAAUAAUUUUUGAAGAGUAAAAGAUGUUGAGGUGCAAAAUCGCAGGUAAAACACCAGUGAACAUUAAUUUUAGAAUUACCCAUGAAAUGCACUUAGAAAUAAAAGGCACCACUCCCAGGUGAAAUAUCUGAAUGUAUUUAAGCUGGGUCUUAAAAUCGCACAGUGGCUGUCCUGAACAAAACUUAGUCUUACAGAUAUCUCAAUUGCAGAAAUGGCAAGAUGAAAUAAUGACAAUAAGUUAGCUUAAAUAAAAGCAAAAAAUUAAAGAAAAUAUUCAUGAAGUUUUGAUGAAAGUUCUUCAAUAAAUAACAGAGUUGCAAUUUAAGUUUUGAUCGUGUGACCUCAUAAAUGAGCAGCUUCCUUGAUACGUCAUCCCCCCUCUCCCUAUAAGAGAAAUAGUAUUCAUCAUGUUCAAUUAAAAUAAUUGGAAUUACAUUUUAUAUGGGGAGCUUCUUGCAUAUGAUUUCACAAAUUAAAAUCUUGAAAUACAUGUACUCAUAACUCACUCUUUGAUGGAUUUUCAUAAAAACUUUACCAAAUUCAUCUCUUAUUUUUCUGCUCCUUUUUAAACCAAAUCAUUAUCAGGGUGAACUUCCCCUGUAAGAGUUAGUCUGUCAAGAUUUCAGCUCUCUAUGUCAAAGAUUGAAGCCACUGUGCUGAGUCAAAACAAGAAUAUUGGAGCCAUAAUUUUGCUCUCUCUUUUUUUUUUUGGGGGGGGGGGUUGGGGGGCUAACUCGAAAAAUAUUAAACACUUUUUGAAGAUAUAAUGAUGCUUUGUCAUCACAUCAGUGCUACAUGUAUACCAAUCAUGCAAUUAAAUAUACCAAAUGUUGCACAGAAUCUUUGAAGAAAAAAAAUCUUCAAGGUACAGCAGAUUUCAAAAUAAAUAAUCACAUUUAUAACGUGAUAUACUGUAAUACUUUAUUUCAAAGGAAUAUCUGCCAUUUUGUCAACUACAUGUAAUCCUUAAAACAUGCAAGUGACCGUAAUACAUCCAAAUGAACAUUGCACAUAAAGGUAUUUCAUUUCUAAUUCUAAUUAAAAAUCAGUUACAUGGCCUACUAAGAUUCCAGAUUUAAAGACAUGUCUCCUUUACCUUGACAGGUAUUGAUAGCGCUGGUAGGAUUAUCAGGAGGAAGAAUAACACCACCAGCUCCCCCCC